GUAUUUGAUGUGUUUAUUACUGUAGUCGUCUCAAUACAUAUGGGGGACUGAUAAACGUCUGAUGGUUACCGUUCACAGUUAAUCCUAUCCAUGUCAUCAUCUAUGAUCAGAUCUAUGGGAGUCUCAUCACCAUCUUUAUCUAAACCCACUGGCGGGACGAAGUGAUUUGGGGCAUAAUGAUCCAGGAAGGGGAUGUGCUGCCCGACUCCACAUAAUUAGAUGAUCAGUAGGUUGGUCUGUAAUGCCACUUCCAAAAAAACCCGACGGGUACAUGGGUCGGACGAAAGAUAUUGUUAGACUGCAAAAGUUCUGCGAUGAAGAUUUGAAGGUACCAUCUAUUGUUCGGUUUUUCGGGAAGGGUGGAAUGACCGCGGAGUGGCUAGACCUCAAACUCCUGCAUGCACUCAGGGCUUUCCAGCCCCACCUGGUCGUCCUUAUUCUGUCGGGAAACGACGUAUUAGCAAUAUCAUCUCCAAGACGGAUCGCAGGAGAUGUCCUACGUCUAAGGAAUGCCAUUCUGGACGAUGGAGUGCAAGAGGUGUAUCUCUGUGGUAUCAUAGAACGCGGUACCUUCCCGAGGAACGAUUUAUUUUGGGAAAUAAACUGUUUUGGAAAAUAUUUUUUCUGUUGCUUUUAACUGAUUUAACUGCCGAUCUUUCAAAUUUCGUUCAUUAUUGUUCACAUAAUUGUUAUAAAUGCAUAGGUCUUUAACACCUGUUGGAAUUUCAUAAGAUUUUAUAUUGAGAUAUAUUCAAACUUCACGGGAUUCCAGUUUUAUGGAAGAUAUAACGUCAUACUGAGCACUCAUAUACAAGUAUUUAUUAACAAAUUUUAAACUAAUGAGUGAUUAAUUUAAAAAAAAAUAUUUUUAAAUCAUGGUCUGUAAGAUUCCGAAGAUGGUCCGUAAUGUCCCUAAAUCUGGUCCGUAAUGUCCCUAAAUCUGGUCCGUAGUGUCCCUAAAUCUGGUCCGUAAUGUCUGGUCCGUAAUGUCCAUGGUCCGUAGUGUCCAUGACCCUAUUUGUUUUCCCCAUUCAAAAUGAAUUAUAGCAUAAAGAAAUAAGAAACAGAUUAUGUCUGACAUUUAUCCGUUGUAUAUAUAUAUAUAAAGACAAAUAAAUACGUAUAAUCAGUACUCUAUUGUCACAUGCUAUGGACAAAAAUCGACAUUUGUUUUCUUGAGCUUCGCGAAAAUAUCGGAAUUUACAUCAAUUAUGAAGCCUCCAUACCAUGGCGUGUUUGCGGACUUCCGCGUAACUUCGGUCUUCUCUUCUAGCUACAGAAACAUCAUUAUUAAUAAAUGAAGAAUUGUAUAAAUAUAACACAACACAAAUAUACUCCAAAAUAUCACUUUCAACACUUCGUCAUUUUUUUAUCAAUUGCAUUUAAAAUUUAAAAUAAAAACCCUUUAUGAAGACUUUUUAGAUAUGUGAACAACAAAACUUAAUUGUCCUAAAUAUACAUGAGUUAUUAC